GUUCUAGAAUCGUCUAUAAUGUCCCUUUUCUCCUUAGGUCACUGAGGGGAGUGUUGUUCUGUGCGUUAUAUCCAGAACCGCUGAGCCUUAUACACACACACCAUCCGUCACUGUACACCUUUGCGGGUGACCUCUGAGGGCCUGUUUAGAAGACUAUUGAAACCUGACACCUAAACAUCUACUGAGCUCAGUUGGGCUUCCGUGCUGUAGAGAGCCUGUACUCCUGUGACCAAACAUAUCCUAGAAGCAAAUACUUGAAAAUGGCUGACAAGCAGAUUAGUUUGCCCGCUAAGCUCAUUAAUGGUGGAAUUGCCGGAAUUAUUGGUGUGACAUGUGUUUUUCCUAUUGACUUGACAAAGACACGGCUUCAAAACCAGAGGACCGGUCAACAAAUAUACAGAAGCAUAUGGGACUGUUUGCGGAAGACUAUACGUGCAGAAGGAUACUUUGGAAUGUAUAGAGGUGCUGCAGUGAAUUUGACUCUAGUAACUCCAGAGAAGGCGAUUAAAUUAGCCGCAAAUGACUUUUUCAGACACCACUUGUCCAAAGAUGGCAGAAAGAUCACGCUAGUGAAAGAAAUGUUGGCAGGAUGUGGUGCUGGGACUUGUCAGGUUAUUAUAACCACGCCUAUGGAAAUGCUGAAGAUUCAGCUGCAGGAUGCAGGAAGACUAGCAUCUUCCCAGAAAGCUGCUACUGGGAUACAAAGCCUUUCUCAGAGUGCAAAGAAUUUGAAUCCCAUUCCUGUGCUCUCAAGGGCUUAUAAUGUCGGGCCAACAUUGGUGGCGCAAAAGAUGUCUGCUACACAGAUUGCUUCUGAACUUCUCAGAACAGAGGGUGUAAAAGGAUUGUAUAAAGGACUGGGGGCAACGCUACUGAGAGAUGUUCCAUUUUCAGUCAUCUAUUUUCCAUUGUUCUCUAACCUUAAUAAACUGGGAAUGUCUUCUGCAGAUGGGAAGGCGCCAUUUAUUCACUCAUUCUUUGCAGGCUGUAUUGCUGGCUCCACAGCAGCUGUGGCUGUCAAUCCUUGUGAUGUGAUAAAGACCAGACUUCAGUCAUUGUGCAAAGGGGCCAAUGAAGAGACCUAUAAUGGAAUUGUAGAUUGUGCCAGGAAAAUUUGGAAGAAAGAGGGCCCAUCUGCCUUCAUGAAGGGAUCAGGUUGUCGAGCAUUAGUUAUUGCACCCCUAUUUGGCAUAGCUCAAGUUGUCUACUUCCUUGGUGUGGGAGAAGCAGUUUUGGAGUUUGCCCAGUUCAGCAGCUUAUCACCACAAUAACUCAAACAUUCCUUGGGACUUGAAGAAAAAUGACCACGUAUACAUUGCAUUUAUACUUCGGAUUUCGGAUAUAUUGGACUAGUGUAAAGGAAGAGGAAACUAUUAGCACCUAAUUGAUUUAUAGUUGUAUAUGUUACCCCAUACUUUCUGUUAUUUAGCACUUUUGCCCUCCACCCUCUAAUCUUUAUAUGCCUUUUGGUAAAGUGAAAUAGCACUUGUUUGUUGCAGUGACAUAUCAGGGGUAUAGUAUAUAGAUACUUAGGGAUUUGUCAGGUUGGUAUGCAUUCCCCAUUUUCAUGUCAGAGAGUCACUCUUGUAUGUUAACAGAAGAAAUAAGGUUGAUAUCGCAAGUCAAGUAGGGUUUUAACUUCCCUAAAAGGUUACUCUUUGAGAGAACAAAUACUAUUACUAUUCUUGAUCUCAAAGAAUUGUAUGUGUUGUAUAUUUUGGAUGUUCUAGAUUUGGAUAUUUAACUUGAAACACAAGGCUUUUUCACAGAACAACUAUGUUAGAAAAGAUCAAUUUCUGGUCUAUGGAUGUGAAUAAAAUAAUGUUUAUUGGGGCCAAUGCCAUUCUGGGUAGUUCACAUUUUUAAAUCAAGACUUGAAUCUUCUGUGCAGCUACAGGAAAGGUAUUACGGUUGGUAUCGUAAAUACUCUGUAUAUAUUUCUGUGUGUUGGGAGUGUUUUCUGCUCACUACAUCUGAACACGUUAGUAAUCAUAGGUUGAGAUGUUUUUGCUGAUAUAUUUGUGGUUCACCAGUCAUCAAUUCACUUUUGCCCAAUGUAAGGAAUUGGCUAUCAAUUCUGUCAUUGUGCCCUAUAAACUGGUAAAUUGGACUGGAUGAUUUGCUCAUCUUUAAUUGUCUUUUAUAGGUUAAACUAUAUCACAGUGAUAUAAUGGGGCCUUAUAGGCUAGUUUAUCUUAAAUUCUGGUUGUUGAACACAGUCACCAAGUAUAAAUGCAGAGUUGUCCAGUUGAAGAAAAACAAUGCCACUUUUGUCCAUAGGCAGGAUCUGGUAUUGCAUCUCGACUCCACAUGAAUGAGGAUGACAAUCAAUACCAGAUACAACCAAUGGAAUAAAAUGGGGGUGUUUUUAGGGGUAAAAAAAUAUAUACAUCACUUAUUUUCCAAAUUUUCUAAGUAAACAGAAAUAAUAGUCACUUUUAAACCUCAGAAUAUCUGGCAAAAACCUUAACUAUGUUGUCUUGCCUUUAUGUUACAAAUGCCCCUGAAUUUGUAUAUUUUUUUCAUUUUUUUAUACAUGUAAUAUAUAUGUAAUUUAUAAAAAAAAUGUUUUUUUUUUUUUUUUAGAAGCUCCAUUAUCUUUUGGUUUCAAUUCUAUAUAGAUGUAUUGUGCUUUUUCAAACCUCCAUUACUGUAUUUGGUGCUAGCAGGACACAAUUCCUUCAUACAAAAACUGGAAAGUAUUUCUUUAAGACUUAAAAGAUUAUUAAGUUACUUUAUUGGUGCUAAAUAUAAGGCUCCCAUAUGGACUGUGCAACAGCUUUUUAUAUUUUAUGAUAGAUAACAUUUGCUUGCGGAGGUAGAAAACAGCUUGUCCAUGUAAUACGAUAGUAGACACAUUGCAGCUAAUAUGUAUUAAUUGAUUUUGCAUGGUAGGCUCUUCUUAGGCUGGAAUAACCCCUACGUUGGAGGCUCCGUCUUAUUCCAUAAAACAAUUUCAGGCAAAAUAGCUCAGCAUGCUGCACUAUUUUGUCAGUUAAAAUGCUGGACUCCAGGCUGAUGGACCCUUUUAAAGUCUAUGGAAUCUUUUGCGCACUGUUUGUUAACUAAGCCACCAAUCCAAUAUCUUUCUGUUGUUUUGCUCUAUUAACUGAGUAGAAAAAAAGAAUUCUCGACACAGGUGUGAAUCCAGACUAAGCUGGUAUCUGUGAACAAAUUAAAAGUUACAAUAAAAAAAAUUUUUUUUGCCAUUAUUUAAGUGUUUAAGAAUUAUUGUAUGAGCAGGCAGAGCUGACAUUCUAUGUAGUGUAUUAGAUUACUUAAGAAUGCCAGACAUUUAAUGAAAUAGGAGAUCCUGCUGAAGGUCUGAGUCGCCUAUAAAAAGCCAUUUUGCCUUUUGAGUUACCAAUUGUUUCAAAUUUGAAAUGCUGUAAUAUGUACUGCAAAUCCAUCACACUCUUGUAAAUCAAGUUCUUUUGAGCUUAUGGCUGGAAUGGGAGUAAUUCACUUAAUGGACCCAACUAAUUACAUAAUAGUUUAUAUUGGGAAGUCCUUAAGAUUAGUUGCAUUACUAUAUUUAUUCUGCACUUGAAAAUGUAAAGUAUUCCAGCCAGGUUUGUGAUUUGGAGUAUUUUAGGUACUUGAACAAUUACUUAAAUCCUAAUUAAACCUGUGUAUGAUUCUUUCAACAGUUUGAGAAUGUAAUGUGUGUGCACCUAUUCAUGCGCCCCCCAGUCUUCUACACAUACGUGCUGUGGAGUUGGCUUCAUCAGCUGUUGCCAGACUAAUACUUGUAUUACAUCAGUAUAAUAAAUGGGAAACGGUAACAAUAUUAUUGCAUUGAAUUCCAUUAGAACACCCAUCUGGUAACAGAAUGUAUGCUAGCAAUAUGAAUACAGCCAACAGUGUGUGUGUAUAAGAUAUAUAUAUAUAUAUAUAUAUAUAUAUAUAUAUAUAUAUAUAUAUAUAUAUAUAUAUAAUUACAUUUUUUAUGUUUUUGCUUUGCAUGGCUAUUUGUACAUACAGAAUAACAGCCAGAGGUUACUGCUGUUUGCAUUUGUAACUCUGAAGCUCACAUUUACAGUUUCUAUAAAACCAAGAACAGUUUUGGAAAAUUAUUGGUUAUUUUGAUGUAAACAUCACCUUACCAUAUGUAAAUGUGAUUUUGUUUUUGUUUUGUUCUUAAUAAGUGACCAAAUAAAGUCACAUUUUGAUGAUAUACCUUUUGUGGAUGUUUUUAUUUAUUGUGACUGGUGUUUCAGUUGUCGUUGCAAAACGAAGCACUCGCAUGGACAAAAGUAACAUCACCAUAUUUUAUCUGUGCCUAGGACUUUCUAACAUAUUCUCCUAACUUGACAUAAACACAAGUAGAGAAUGCACUCCUUGCCUUCUCUUGCAGUUCAGCUUCUUUUUUUUAUUAUAUAUUGCCCAUCCUCCAAAUGUAGAUAAAAAUAGA